CACCCCGCGCCCUCUGGAGACGCGCCGCCCGCGCCCGGAGUGGGGCCAUGUGGGGCGGACGCCGCUCGUCCGCCGCCUCCUCUCGGAACGCCGCUUCGCUGCUGCAGCUGCUGCUGGCUGCGCUGCUGGCGGCGGGGGCGCAGGCCAGCGGCGAGUACUGCCACGGCUGGCUGGACGCGCAGGGCGUCUGGCGCAUCGGCUUCCAGUGCCCCGAGCGCUUCGACGGCGGCGACGCCACCAUCUGCUGCGGCAGCUGUGCGCUGCGCUACUGCUGCUCCAGCGCCGAGGCGCGCCUGGACCAGGGCGGCUGCGACAACGACCGCCAGCAGGGCGCUGGCGAGCCUGGCCGUGCGGACAAAGACGGCCCCGACGGCUCUGCAGUGCCCAUCUAUGUGCCCUUCCUCAUCGUUGGCUCCGUGUUUGUGGCCUUCAUUAUCCUGGGGUCGCUGGUGGCUGCCUGUUGCUGCAGGUGCCUGAGGCCGAAACAGGAGCCCCAACAGAGCCGAGCCCCCAGCGGCAACCGCUUGAUGGAGACCAUCCCCAUGAUCCCAAGCGCCAGCACGUCACGGGGGUCUUCUUCCCGCCAGUCCAGCACUGCUGCCAGUUCCAGCUCCAGCGCCAAUUCCGGGGCCCGGGCACCCCCGACAAGGUCACAGACCAACUGCUGCUUGCCCGAAGGUGCCAUGAACAAUGUUUAUGUCAACAUGCCCACCAAUUUCUCCGUGCUGAACUGCCAGCAGGCCACCCAGAUCGUGCCACACCAAGGGCAGUACCUGCAUCCUCCGUUCGUGGGGUACCCAGUGCAGCAUGACUCUGUGCCUGUGACACCUGUGCCCCCUUUCAUGGACGGCCUGCAGCCUGGCUACCGGCAGAUCCAGCCCUCCUUUCCCCACCCCAACAGCGAACAGAAGAUGUACCCAGCGGUGACCGUAUAG